CUGGAAUGAUUAAUGAUAGUACAAUUACAUUUGGAUCAAUCAAUCGACAAAAAUGGAGAAAAAACCUAUCUAUUUCAAAAAAGGUAAAAACCGAUAUGGAUGAUGAUGAUCUAUUCAUUAACAACAAUUCAUCAUCAUCAAGUACUGCACAAGAUUUCUUCAUAUCUGCUUCCAAGUUACAAAAUCUUGAUGAGACAGAAUCAAUUGCUAUGAAUCAUAAUGAAGAAGAAGACGAAAGGGACAUUUGUAAUAAAUUACUCACUAUUUUGUCUAUACAAAAAGAAAAAGAUAAAAAGUUCUGA